CUGAGUAUUUCUGAGCACGUGACAUCCACUUCACAAAAUCUGCCAAGAUUUCGCGCUGUCGAAAAAAAAACAUCGUAAAAAUUCUUCAACAUCUGAGCUUUAAUUACGUAUUUUUAUUUACAACGAAAAAAAUUGUACAUUUAUUGAUCGCGAGCUUCGAAUUUCUUCUGUUCUGCGAUUUAAAUCGAGGAUACGUGGGAGUAAUCUAGAUUGAAAAUCUGUGGACUGAAUAGAGAUCAAAGCAGGAAAAUGCUCUUUUAAGCGAAAGUUGCUGCAUUGAAGGCGUUUAGUGUUGCAAAUAGAUUCAGAGGGUUUGUAAAGAGGGAUUAAUAGUGGGUUAUUUAGGUUUUCUGAUAUGGUGGACAAUAAAACAGACGGAGGGAACGCUCCAUCAGACCAGGAUAGUGAUGAAACUGAUUCAGAGUUCGAGGAGUUAGAUCCUAGUGGGCGCUAUGGCCGAUACAAGGAGGUGCUUGGAAAGGGAGCUUUCAAGACUGUUUUUAGAGCUUUUGAUGAAUUGGAGGGCAUGGAAGUUGCCUGGAACCAGAUCAAAGUGCAUGAUGUCUUACAAACCUCCGAAGAUUUGGAACGCCUCUAUUCUGAGGUGCAUUUAUUGAGGACGCUUAAGCAUGAGAGUAUUAUUAAAUUUUACACCUCAUGGGUGGAUGAGAAGAAUUACAAUAUCAAUUUUAUUACAGAAAUAUUCACAUCUGGGACACUAAGGCAGUAUCGGAAAAAGCAUAAGCAUGUGGAUAUGAGAGCAGUAAAAAAUUGGUCUCGACAAAUUUUGCGAGGCUUACUAUAUUUGCAUAGCCAUGACCCACCCAUCAUUCACCGUGAUCUGAAAUGUGAUAAUAUAUUUGUUAAUGGAAAUCAAGGAGAGGUGAAAAUUGGAGACCUUGGGCUAGCAGCAAUUCUUCGUCAGGCUCAUGCAGCACAUAGUGUAAUUGGCACACCAGAGUUCAUGGCUCCCGAACUUUAUGAAGAAGAGUACAAUGAGUUGGUUGAUAUUUAUUCUUUUGGUAUGUGCCUGCUGGAGAUGAUUACUUUUGAAUAUCCAUACAGCGAGUGCACAAAUGCAGCACAGAUUUACAAGAAAGUUACCUCAGGGAUAAAACCUGCCGCUUUGGACAGGGUAAAAGAUCCUGAAGUUCGAGAGUUUGUAGAAAAAUGUUUGGUUAAUGCUUCCAGGAGGUUGCCUGCUAGCGAGCUUUUGAUGGACCCCUUCCUCCACCGUGAGGGUGGUGAGUGUAUAGAUCAAGUGCCUUGUGCAAUGCCACUGCAUUCUGUGAGGAAUGGACUUAAACGGUUGAGUUCAAUUUUAGAGGAAUUGAAUUGUGGUAACAAGUUCUUAGAACCAAAGUCUGUAGGUAAAUUUGUAGAAACAAGAAAUUCAAAAAGAAUUAGAGAUCAGAAGUUGCAAGUGAGCUCAAAUGCUCUAGACAGAUUUCAUCCAUAUAGUAAAUUGGAUGGUGGGGAUAAUUAUCAGCUGUCAGAGGAUUGCAUAGAAGAUGAAGACAUUUCUUCAAUUUUGAAUGAAGACGGUGCAAGGAUAAACAGAGAUUUUACAGUGAAGGGGCAACGGAAAGAUGAAAACACAGUGUUCUUACGACUUAGAAUUGUGGAUAUGGAAGGUCAUGUUCGCAAUAUUCACUUUCCUUUUGACAUAGAUGCUGACACGGCAAUGAGUGUUGCAAAUGAAAUGGUGACAGAGCUGGAUCUGUCAGAUCAAGAUGUGACAAAUAUUGCAGCCAUGAUUGAUGCAGAAAUACUUGCUCUUGUGCCAGAAUGGCAACCUGGAGAAGCUUUUGAGGAAGCUUCUGAUGAAGAUAUAUGCACCGGUUCUCACGAUUCUUCAAUAAAAGAUAAUGUUUCUGAUAUGCCAAGUGAUGCUGAUAGUCCCUAUGGGAAAUUUGUACUUGAACGCCUCCCUUCAGGUCGCAGGUAUUGGUCUGAUUCUCCAAGGUCUUUAGUCAGAGAUUCUUUUAUGAAGACUGCAUUGAUAAAUGCGCAUGCUAGAACAGAAGGGCUAAUGCACAACAGAUGUGAAGUAGACUGUGAUAAUACUAUUUCAAGUAGCAAUCAACAACAGUUUGAUCAAAGUAAUAUUUCCAGUCAGGCUGAUAGUCGUGACGAUAAUGGAGCCAGUUUAUAUACAAGUACAAAGUCUUUGGAAUCAGACAGAAUCAAACUACAUGGAAAUGCUUCCGUGAUCAAUAAAGAGAAAGCUGGCUCUCUCACCAAUGUUGCAAAGAAUUUAAUAAUGACAGAAGCAAAUAUGCAAUCUGGUAAUUUGGAAAGUAUUAGAAACUCACAGGAGGAAUGUGAAGGGGAAAACCAACAUAGUAUGGACUGUAUAAUUAGUAAUGAUUUGGACAAGCCUGAGUUUACAGGUAAGGAUCCUGAUAAAAAAAAUUCUACAGAAUCUGGUAAAAAUUUACAAGAGUUCAUAGAUAUUUUGGCAAAUCUUGAGGUGGGAGAUGAGAAUAUCAUAGCACAGAAAUUUAGAAGUUUAAUCCUUAAGCAGCAGGAAGAACUAGAAGGAUUGAGACAAAAGCAUGAACGGGCAAUACAAGAAUUUAUAAAUCAAUUACCUCAAAAAGGUCAUGGCAUGCAUUUUUUAAAGAAUGGUUUCUCUUUAUCUGCCAAUGACCUCUACCAUGUUUCUAUCAACACUAGUGCAUUCAAAGAUAAUCCAUCUCAUGAUGUGAAUCCUAUCAGCUGCGGACAGGAUCUUGAUGAAGUCCUGAAACAAAAAAUGUUACCUCAGGAGUUUGAAAUUCCAGCUUUAGUUAUCAGGGAGGAUAUGAGACAUGAAGCUGCAUGCCAAGAUAUCAACACUGAGUCUGCAAAGAAAAAUUCAAUUUCUGCCUUAAGUGCUCGAUAUGCAAAUGAUGUUAGGCAUGCUGGAUAUCCUCUUGAUGAGCUAGAUAGGGAAAAUGAGACAAAGAAAUUUACUUAUUCAAAAGGUAUGGGUCCUAGGGAGCUUUCAUCUAUAGUGGACUCUAUAUCAAAGAUGCAAACAGUUUGUCCUGAAACCGAUAAAUUGAAAUUGGACAAGUGCUUCAAGCAGUAUUCAACAGGUACACAAAUCAGAAUGCUAAAUAAUGUUCCAGAAGUCUCUGCUUCAAAUUGUUCCGAUGUUUCUCAUGGUUUUCAUAAGGCUGCAAAACGUGAUUCAUAUGUUGAAUUUUACAAGUGUACAUCAACCUCAAAAGAUAAGCCUUGUUCAUCUAAGGGAGAGGUGAAAUUGUAUGGCAUGGACACUGCAGGGAUAUCAAGCAGUUCAAUGAAAACAAAAAGUAAUGGUAAUGUGCAUGAUCAGCUGAAGAAAGAGCAGCUUCAAAAAUCUAUUGCAGAUUUGGAAGCCAGAACUCUAGAAGGCUUAAAGCAAUCAAAAGGUGGCUAUUUGACUAGUAGCUCAAUAAAGAAUAGCAGUAUUGUUUCUCAAUCUGGUCCUGUUAGAUCCAAUGCUUCUGGUGCAAGGCAGCAAGUUACUCCUUAGAUGACCAAAGUAUAAUUAUUAAUAUUCCUUGAUUAUUUAUAAAUAUUUCAGAAUCUGAAGGCAUUUCUGGAUAAAAAUCUGGAGCUUAGAUAUGUAGCUUUCAAAGAAAGUUGAUGUAUAUAAUACAUAAUGAUGGAAAUUCUUUGAAAGAAAACAAGGCUUUUGAGUGUGUAA